AUUCUGUCCUAUAAAACAGGGGAGAUGUUUUCAACAGAUCAACUUAGAAGAGCAUCAUGUUGGAGCAUGUGCCUCUUCCCUGGCGUCCCGCCGCCUGUCUCAUCUCGCUUCCCAUCCUCCUCUUGUUCCCGAUUCUCCUCCUACUGUUGCGUCGACCACCGCCCGACCGUCUCCCUUCACCAUGGAGGCUUCCUAUCAUCGGCGAUCUGCACCGGCUCGGCUCACUACCCCACCGCUCGCUACGAGCUCUGUCCCGAAAGCACGGCCCCCUGAUGCUCCUCCACUUUGGCAGCGUGCCCACCCUGGUGGUAUCCUCCGCUGCCUCGGCCGAGGAGAUCAUGAGGACCCAAGAUCUCGCCUUCGCCACCCGCCCUGACCUCAGCAUCUGCCACAAGCUGUUCUAUGGCUCCAGAGACAUCUCCUUCGCAAAGUAUGGUGAUUACUGGAGGCAGAUGCGUCGCGUCACAACCCUCAACCUACUUAGCCACCGCCGGAUCUACUCCUACCGCCAAAUUCGGGAGGAGGAGGCGUCCCUCCUCGUGGACCGCGUGGCCGCCGCCGUCCCCUCCGGCUCCGUCAACAUAAGCGAUUUGAUCGUUACCUUCACGAGAAACAUAACUUGCAGAAUAGCGUUCGGAAAGAAGUACACCGACGAGGAGGGCGGCGCCGACGCGAGUAGAUUCCGCGUGCUGCUGUCGGAGUGGAUGGCACUGCUGGGAUCGUUCCCGAUGCGCGACUACAUGCCUGCACUGCGUUUUGUGGAUUGUCUCAGUGGCUUGGAUGAGCGGGUGAGGAAAAACGCCCUCGAUCUCGACGCGUUCGUGGAGGAAGUCCUCAACGCGCACGAGAAGAAGCAAGAGAACAGGAACGAUGACAACAUGGACUUUGUUGACAUCUUGCUCUCUUUGGAUAGCUCAGGAGGCGUCGUUCUCAGGAGGGACAGCAUAAAGGCCGUCAUUUUGGACGUGUUUGGUGGAGGGAUAGAUACAACAUUUUCAACACUCGAGUGGGCGAUGACAGAGCUUAUCAGGCAACCGGCAAAGAUGGAGAGGGCACAACAAGAGGUUAGAAGAAUUGCUGGAUCGAAAAGUGAAAUUCGAGAGGAGAUACUUCAAGAGAUGGAGUACUUGAAGGUGGUGAUCAAGGAGACCCUCCGAUUGCACCCUGCGCUUCCACUUUUGGUUCCUCGAGAGGCUAUGCAAGAGACUAGAGUGCAUGGUUAUCUCAUUCCCAAAGGCACAAGAGUGUUAAUCAAUGCUUGGGCAAUCGGAAGGGAUCCAAGAUCAUGGGAGAAGCCGGAGGAGUUUUGGCCUGAGAGAUUCUUGGACGAUGCUAGUGUUGACUUCAGGGGACAAAACUUCCAAUUCAUACCUUUUGGUGCAGGCCGCAGAGGUUGCCCGGGAAUGGAUUUCGCUUUCCCUGUCUUGGAGCUUGCUCUUGCUAACCUACUUUACCAUUUUGAUUGGGCGCUACCACAAGGAAUGACCGCGGAGGAAAUGGAUAUGAAGGAAUUCUACGGAAUCAUAGUGCGGAAGAAGUCGAAUUUAAUACUUGUGCCGAGAAGAUACAACCAUUAAGUAAGGUAUAUCCAACAUGGUCGUCAUAUAUAUAUAGCUGCUUCAAUUAUUCAUAAAUUGGAGGGCGAAGGUGCAAAUAAAUCGAUCAUGUUUAUGAGUAUCUUGAGUGAGUUUAAAAAAUAUUUGAUUCAUAUUUAAAAUUAUCAAAUUCGAACUGAA